GCCGUUACGAGACUACGACAAUAGACAGACACGCGCCCACACAUUUGAUACGAAGAGCGAGGAACGAUUUGCUAAUACCACAGCCACGAUACAUAGUACCUCUUCUACCAGCGCGAGUUCCGCUCCACAGCUGCGAAACUGCUUGACAUGUGCUCGGAUCUCACUCUAGUGCACCGAAAUGGCUAGAGAGAGUCGAGCGCGCAAUGCUGGCCGGCGCGUGGCGUACAACUACAAAGAGGCAUUCAGUGGUAUAGAACUCUCGGGCUCGGAGGCAGAAGCAGAAGAGAACGAUGCAGGUGAAGUCGGAGAAGAAGAACAGGAUGACUUCGUGCCGCCUGCUGAAGAUGAUGACCCAGAUGAGUUCAUGGUAGACGAGCCAGCAGAAGCUGAGGUAGAGGAAGAGGAAGGAGAAGAGCAAGAAGAGCAUGUCAGGGAAGAAGACAUCGUUGUAUCAAUGAAGGCACUCAGAGAUGUCCUACGCGCCAGGUCGAUCACUGUGGAACAUCGUAACAGUAGUCUCGACAGUGCUCCUGCGACACCAGUUCGCUCAGGCAAAACGAAAUCGCUACGCACUACCGGUUUGACAGGCGUGCGCUGCGUCGGUACUCCGGGUGUUGCGGGCGCGCGGUACAUUCCCUUGGGUGCUAACACCGCUGGAGCAACGACGACCCGCCAAAGAGCAGUAGGUGAAUGGCGUGAGGGAGGACAGGAGAGCCGGCUGCGAAACCUCUUCGGACCCACGGGUGAAGAUCUGCGUCCAGUCUUCGAUGCGAAGAAGACGUGGCUCUCACAGGUGGCUUUACCGAGUCGAUCAUUCAACCACUUAGCACCGUCGCCGUAUGUCACGGAGGAAACCAGAGCCAAGGACAUCAAAAACGUACGCCAAUGGUAUGCGAAUUUCGGACGGGCCGCCUUCGCCCAGGGGCAGACAACCGUGCAGAUGAACGAAGAGCAGGCACAAGCUUACUUGUUGAAUCUGGGACCAGAGUCUUUGGACCUGUUGAUGGGCGCUCUGAACAACCAACGCAUAUUCUCGCUCAAGAAGAGAAGGCAUAUGAGCGCUGCAGCACCGUUCGGAUCGGACAGCAAGCGGAAAGGUUGGAUUUUCCAUCUCGGUUCGCGAAUACAAGACGUGAACUGGGCCCCAAAUCAACUUGGAAUAACGCAAUACCUUGCAGUCAUCGUCGAACAAGAUGAUAUGACGGCGAAGAAGCACAAACGCUUUGGAAAUCCGAAAGCGCCGGCUUUCAUCGCGACAAGCCCUUUUCCUGCAUCGAUACAGAUCUGGGCAUUUGAUUCAACGAAACACGGCACCAUGAGCGCGAAGAACGAGCCGCGCCUCGCACUUGUCCUCUGUACAGAUUGGGGAGCACCUAAAGCAAUCCAGUGGUGGCCCAUAGGCGCUGAAGAUUCCAUCGAGCCAGAUCAGAACGGCGUGGUUCGACUCGGACUUCUCGCUGGCAUUUGGUCUGAUGGAAUGGUGAGGAUAUUAGAUGUGUCACUAAGAAAUCCCACGGCGGGCUCCUCUAUCACACAGUAUGUACACUACACAGAAGCCGCCCUGGAGCUCGCCUUCCGGGAUCCGCCCUCUACAGACAAGGCUGGAAACCCAGUGGAAAAGCUGAGCACGCUUCCGAGCUGCUUAUGCUGGCUCUCACCUACUACCAUCGCGGUCGGAACCGCCUCUGGAAACAUCGCAAUAUGGACGCUCACGCAUCCAGGAAUGUUUCCUCCCUUAAAUAGACCAGACGCUGGAAGACCCUGCCCUCGACCUUGGUUCCACAAACAGCUCGCAGACACUUAUGUUGUGACUGUCUCAUCUGGCUACCCCUCUCGCCCCCAAUUCCUCUCCUUGACGACCGCCGACGGCUUCGCCCGCCUCAUUGACCUGCGCGCCCCCGUCGCCGAUUGCAUAUCGUCUCUCCGUGGCCGCAUGAUUGUCCAUUCCCAGGCCUGGCACGAGCACACGCAGUCCUUCGUCAUGCUCGAUGAGUACUACCUGCUCAAGCACGGCACGCUGCGCCGCUACAACCAGGCCAUCUACACGUUCAGGACAGACAGCACGCUUACGGCGGUGGCGACGAGUCCGGUCCACCCAGCAGUGUUGGUUGGGUCGUCAGACGGGAGUGUCGCAGCGUCGAAUGGGUUGUGCAAGAUCAUGAACGCGAAGGAUAUCCCGUGGAGUCUGACGUGGUUCAAGCACGAAUGGAGAAGGCCCGUGGAGGAUAGCGAGGCGGACAACGCUAGUCCUGUCGUACAGUCAGAUGGAUCGAUCGAGGGCAAACCUGCUUGUCCAGAUGAUCCGGGCAUUAUGUCGAGGCCACUCACGCGCAUCACCGAGGGCUACAAGCCGGUGCAGACGAGCAUGCAGUAUCCAGACUCGACGAAGCGGCACAAGGAUGGCGCGAAGUUCAUCACCGUGUUCGAGGAGAAUUCGGCGGCGACAAGGGUGGCGUGGAAUCCGAAUUUGAAGUGUGGGGCUUGGGCUGUGGCGGGGAUGCAGAGCGGAAUGCUGAGGGUGGAGGAUUUGGGAGUUUAGGGUUGAGGGGUUGUCAGUGGGGACGUCACGUUGAGACGUUUUGUGAUGUGUAUGAUAUGAUGUUAUGGAUCGAGCGGAGAAGAAAAAGGGUUACUUCAUGCUACUCUGAUGCCACCGCUACUUGGUCUAAUGGUAGUGUCAGAAGAAGUAGUAGUUUUGAGGCCCUGUUGUCUUGUGUAUGUCAGUCCAUACAGUGUUUCAAUGUCGUUG